CUCCUCCGCUGCCCUCCGAGGCUGCAGCCCACCGACCAUGGCCCUGGUGACUCUGCAGCGCUCUCCCACCCCCAGUGCAGCAUCCUCGGCCAGCACGACGAACAGCAGUGCGGGAGAGGAUUUUGGAAGUGAUGAUGAGCGGAAAAAUAGCCUCAGUGAGAGCUUCUUCAUGGUCAAAGGAGCCGCCCUCUUUCUGCAGCAGGGCGGCAGCGCACAAGGCCCAAAGACCCCGACCCACCACAAACAUGCAGGGGAUUUGCCUCAACACCUGCAGGUCAUGUUUAAGAUCCUCCGGUCUGAAGAUCGCAUUAAGCUGGCGGUACGCUUAGAGAGCGGAUGGUCAGACCGAGUGCGCUACAUGGUCGUCAUCUACACCAACGGCCAUCAAGAGACAGAGGAAAACAUCGUCCUGGGGAUGGACUUCACAGACAAGGACAGUAAAAUGUGCUCUAUCGGGAUGGUGCUGCCACUGUGGAGUGAUUCCAACAUCCAUUUGGAUGGAGAUGGAGGCUUCAGCGUGAACACUGCGGGGCGAUCACAUGUCUUCAAGCCUGUGUCUGUUCAGGCCAUGUGGUCUGCCCUGCAGGUCCUCCACAAAGCGUGCGAGGUGUCCCGCCGCUUCAACUACUUCCAAGGGGGGAUUGCUCUCACGUGGAUGGCCUUCUAUGAGAGCGGCAUCACCUCAGAGCAAAGCUGCAUCAAUGAGUGGAACGCCAUGACCGACCUGGACACCGCCCGGUCCGACUCGCCCACCAUGUUCGCCGACCGGCCGACUGAGCGAGAGAGAACGGAGUGUCUCAUUAAAGCCAAGCUACGCAGCAUCAUGACGUUUCAAGACCUGGAGAACAUCACCUCGAAGGAGAUCCGUAACAAGCUGGAGCAACAUAUGAGCUGCAACCUCACAGAGUACAAAGAGUUCAUCGACAACGAGAUGCUGCUGAUCCUGGGUCAGAUGGACAAGCCCACACUCAUCUUUGACCAUGUGUACUUGGGCUCCGAGUGGAACGCUUCCAACCUGGAGGAACUACGUGAAUGCGGAGUGGGUUACAUCCUGAAUGUUACCAGAGAGAUUGACAACUUCUUCCCGGGGAUGUUUUCUUAUCACAACGUCCGUGUGUAUGAUGAAGAUGCUACAGACCUGCUGGCCCACUGGAACGACACCUACAACUUCAUGGUCAAAGCCAAGAAGAGCGACUCCAAGUGCCUGGUGCACUGUAAGAUGGGGGUGAGCCGGUCUGCCUCUUCGGUUAUUGCCUAUGCAAUGAAGGAGUACGGCUGGUCUCUGGAGAAAGCCUACAACUACGUCAAGCAGAAACGGAGUAUAGCUCAGCCCAACGCGGGUUUCAUGAGACAGCUGGCCGAGUACGAGGGAAUCCUGGACGCAAGUAAACAUCGCCACAACAGGCUGUGGAGGCCUGGAAGUGAUAAGGAGGGAUCAGAUGAUUUGCAAGGCUCCGGUCACUGUACUGGUGGGGAGAGGACACCAGUGCCCCGAGGGGAAGAAGCCAUGGGAGCCUGCGGGGCCUCUCCGUGCAGGGCCGUGGGUCUGGAGAUGGAGCCCCUCGACUCUCUUAACUAUAACUAUUACUUCAGACGGUUGUCAGACUCCGCACUCGACAGUGAGCCCUCCACUCCAGUGCGGGGGCCCCCUCUGCUCGGUAUGGAAAGAGUUUUCAUUGAGAUUGAUGACGUGGAGCGGGAUGCCCUAUUGGAGGACGAGGGUUUCCCCAUGGCCCAUUUAGCCCUGCCUGGCGAGGGCACGGCAGCUCAGACGUGUGGCCGCCUCGACCCCCUGGAGGACAUGAGACUGAGGCUCGAGAUCAGUACUUUGGAGGAGGAGGAUGAGGAAGAGGCCAAGAAAGAAGAAGCUGAGAUGGCGGCCCUGGCUCAGACACCUGGUAAUUCAGACGGGAAGGAGGAGAGCCGGUUAGGUCUGGCCAACCUGAACACCAACAAUAGCAACCGCCUGGCUGCCAAGCGCAGCUGCCCCGCAGCUUUUGACGACAGUGGUAGCACAGGAAACCCUUUAAAAGUGAAGCCCUCCUAUCAGUCAUGUAAAGACUGCCUGCGUGUACCACAAGUGCGGCGCUGUGACCGUCCAGCAGGAGGCCGAUCUCACCGCCUUAACCCCUCCCGCCACUGCACUAUCCCCACCAUAUGCAUAGAUCCACCCGGGACCAAUUUUGCCUCUACCCCAAUUCUGCAGUCUCUGCAAACCCCCGCUGUCGUCCCUCCCCACAUGAUCCAGCCCUCUCGUCAUCUGUACCGCUGUUCCACCUGCACCCCCGGUGGCCCACUAACCAACCGCCAGAAACGGGUCUCACCCAUGAGCUGUGAGGAGACGCCUCCUGACCGCAGCUCGGUGGACACGGAGGACAUGGACGAACCACAGGGAGAGGAAAUAUCAAAGGAUACCACCAUCAGAGUGGCUCCCGCUGAAGGUUUAGAUUUACACCGCGGGGGUGCAGUGGGGCUCCAGCAGCAGGCUUUGGCCCAACUGCACAUGCCGGGACUGGGGAUAGAAUUUGGUCUUGAACUGAUGCGACAGAGGGCAGAGCAGCUUGAGAAGCUGCCGAGCCUGGCCAUGGAGGGCCAGCUCCCAGUGGGGCCCCUGCCUUAAUACAGUAACUCUUACAUGGAUGAGAUGGAGGAGGAGGUUGGACGCUGCUUUCAGCAGGAACCUCAUGGCGGCUGUGGGCCUUUUGAGGCGCUGUGGUGGAACGCAGCUCUGCUUUGACCUGAACUGUCAUGUCCCGGCCUCACAGCAGCAACAGCCCUCUCUUCAUUUCCAGAGAAUGUCCUGUCAUUGUCUCCUAGCAAUGAGAUCCAGAUGAGGCUGGUUGUCUUGACCAUUCGCUGAAGGCUUCUGGCCGGGUAAGGACUGAAGACUUUCCUGUGUCCUUCCACUUAUCCCUCAGACUAGAUGGAGGCUCAUCUGGUCUCUUCUGAGCCUGCUGGCCCCCACACCACAUACAGGAUCAUCACACUUCCCCACUUGCCCAGUGGGGAUGAGCGUUAUGCUGCCGUAUUUACCCUCAAGAGACAGGUUUGGCAUAUUCCAGAGACGGUGGUGGUUGUUGUUCCUUUCUAACUCCUCAGAAAGCUAUAACGAGCCCUCUGAUGUUGAUGGAAAGAGAAAUACCUGAAGUGACAUGCUUCUUUCAGUGUACUGAAUAUUUUUCAAUCCAACUCGUCAACAGUAUUCUCGAAGGAGCUCAAUGAAUGUUUGCAGUUGCCCCAUUUCGAUUGCGUUCAGCAUCUCCUCAUGUUACCGCUGAUGGCUGAAUCCUCACUGACCUUCACGUGUACGUUCCCUGCUGCAGCUGCUUUUGCAUCAAGAAAGGGCAUUUCAUGUGUAAGCAUAAUCAUUUUGAAAAAGGAUGUGAGCCUUUUUAUGCCUCUUUGUAAGGUGUUGUACCUCGGACCACAAGCAUCUCGAAAUGUUUUGGUCAAAGACUCUUUUGUUGUCUCUGCACAGUGGCUGGUUCACCCUGACCUCCUCCAUUAAAGUCAAUGUAAUCAUGUCCUUAAAGCACUCACGUUAGCCCCACGCAUGUCUAUUACAAAACAUAUUGUCAAUUGGGCAGAAAACUUAUUAUUUAAACACUGAAAUGCAUUCAAAUUUGACAUUAUUUAGUUUAAUUGACAACAUUCGUCAGUUGGAUGAUGAUUUGUUUAGAUUGAACCUAAACUCUCGUCGUAUGCCUGAAAGAGAGACAAAGAAAAAGACUGAAGAAAUGCUUUCAGUUGUUGGGAGAGUUUCCAGUCAUUCAUUCAGAUGUCAGGAAACAUCAGGAGCUCAAAUGUGAUUUUAUUUCUCACUCUUCGUCUGAUCACUUCCAGAUGUAACCAAAGCCAUAUCAUUUUGCCCGGGACAUUAAAUCCCUUUCACGAUUUAAAUUUGUCAUUUACUUUUGUACCGACUCUGCAUCUGGGUACUCGUUUAUCUUCGAGGUUCCCAGGCAAACAUCUGCGAACACUAAUCAUGUAUAGAUUCAGCACUUGAGCACAACUUUAGUAUUUCAUUCACACACUGCACACAAUUCAAAUCUAUAUCUGCAUUUAAUCAAAUUAUUUUGAGAACACUAAAGCAGAAAUGGACAGAAGUGGUUCCAUUCUUUACUUAGUGACUAUAUAUUUUAUUAUUAUUAAUAUGAAAAUUCUGACUUAAAUUUUAAAUAUGUAUUAUUAGUGUGACGAUUUGAAAUUACAAUCUAAAUUUACACAACUAGAUUUCCUUUAUUUUAAAUAAAGAUUGGUAACCUAUCUAGAAAACUGCAAAGCCCAGCACUCACAGGUUUUUCAUCUUAAUCUUUUCCUCAUCUGUUAUUCGGUAAAUGUUGUACUCGUUAAUACAGCUUGAGGCACGUUGUGUUCAAAUUGUGCCACCAAGCCAAAGUUGCUGUGCCACGGGGAUGUUGCUCUUCAAGUUCCUCAGUUUGGUUGAUGUGGUGUUUCGGCACGCUGGGUGUGCCGGAGCGGUUCUGGAAGAUCCCCGUUGGUAUGCAGGGAAAGCACAUACGAGUGUUAUUACUGUGUUUAAAGAUCUGAGUGCUUCAGAAGAAAUGAACACUGUGAAAAGAAUGAAUGCAAGUUAUUUAUUCAUCUUUGACCAUUAGGUUGUUGUGUUUUUAUUUAUUUUAUUUAGUAGAUUUAACUUUUUUUUCAGUCUGAUCAGUAUAAACUUCCAUGCUUCCUCUGUUUCUUCUCCUCCCUUGACUCGACCCCGGGGAGCUGCAGGUUUGCUCCACUCGUUAGAUUUAAAGAAUUUGGGUUUGCCAUUUUAAGCUGUUCUUUCCCCCACGUGAGCAUGAUGUAACAUAAGGCACUUAAAAAAUUGUGUUGACAGUAUUUGAUACUACAAACGUCUGUAAUAGAAGAAUUAAAAAAUUUUAGAAAGUGGCAACAUAAAGAUAAGAUUCAUAUCUUGUUGCCCAGCAAGAAAACAAAUAAGCAUAUUUCCCAACAUGUCCUCUUCCUUUAAUAUAUUGAGUAUGAUUCUAAUUCAAGCCGGUUGUUCUCAGUGUGUUGACAGCUGGGCCUGAUCCGUGUGCUUGACAUUGCGAACACUAAAUCGUUCUGUUUGCGUUCCCAGACCACAGCACUGAGUUUGGUUGUUUGCUUCAUGUUUUGAAUUUGUGUUUGUAUUUAAGUGCCUUAACCUUGGCCUUAGCUCCAUCAUAAAGCAUCACAGGCGUUGCAAGAGUUUCUGUGAGUGUGUUGAUGGUCUGGCUUUCUCUACAUUACUUAACCUCACUCCCAAUAAUAACCAUGCUCCUUCAAAUGUAUAACUCGGCACAAAUGAAUAAUGUAUGCCAACACACAUAAACUCAUGCACAGCAGCCUCCUCCACCCCAAACACACGCAUACUUGAUGGACUUCCAUUUAUUAAUAGCCUAUAAUAAUAUUGUAUUUGUUUGAUAUUGUUGAAACUUGUGGUACACUGUAUUGGUUCAAUAGCUGGCUGAGGAACCUUACUUGCUGGAAUGAGAACUAUCAUUUACAUAAACACAUGAGGAAGGAUGGAUUUAAGUCUUUGAAAUUCACCAGUCUGUACAUAUUUUUCUCAACAAUUUGCUAUAAGUACAUCAGCUUGCAGAUAUGGUCAAUAUUUAGAAAAGCACUGAUAAUGCGACUGUGUAUUGAGAAGUACUCCUAAUUAAGUUCUCGUGUUUGUACCACAGCAAAAAAAAAGACUUUGUGCGAUUUAGGCAAAUGUCUUCAGGCUCCAUUACAAAUGGCAACAAUUUUAUUUAGUAUUGCAUUAUUCCCAGGCAGCAGGCAUCACACUGACAAUCCUACUUAAGAGCCAGACAUUGAGGAAUUUGUGUGGAAGGAUAUUAAGACAUAUUGCAAUUUUAAAGGGGGAUCCAGGCAUUUCUAGAGUGUAUAGAGCACAAGUCUGCCCCAAAAGCAUGCGAGGUCGAGACGAGUGGAAUACGUAGAACACGAUAAACCUUCCUGGGAGUAAGAUUUUGUUAAGAUAAUUAUUUUACUUUAACUUUUGUGUACUGUACAUUGCCAAUGUUCAUGUGUAAUGCACUUUUCCUUUUUUUUUUACAUUUUGUUAAAAUGAUGUCCAGUCUAAUGUUUAUCAUGGAAAUAAACCAUUUCCUCUGCA